AAGACUUCUUCGCUAACACUGACAACUCCCGACCAAGUCGACUUCCACCUUGCCAAACUACCCAACUGUCUGGCUGGCAUGAGGACGAGAAGUACCACAUAUCUGUCGCCGCCAUCGCUGUCGCGCAGCUCGAGCAACUGCUUUCUGGUCCAGGCCCUGAUCUGAGAGCUUCACCAAAUCCCGACCCUGUCCCUGACCCUGACCCCCGAAACACCAUCUACGCAUACGACUUAGAACGCCCACCGCCAUGCCGGCCGUCGCACAGCGUCCUCAGUCGGCCUAUGGUCCUCCUAGGUCGUCGGUCGAGUCCGACAGCGGCAGCGAACGAUUUACAUCCGCCCUUGAACGACGUGCGAGUUUCCAACCCCAGACCACUCUCAAACCACCCAGUCAGAGCAGACAGCCGAGCUGGGAAAAAGUACCAAAAGAUGGGACCGUACAAAGAGCCGCCGGGGAGGUUAGCGGCUUGAAGGACUACCAAUUGGGCGAUUGCCUCGGCAAGGGUGCUUUUGGUAGCGUAUACCGCGCCUUGAACUGGGGCACUGGCGAGACUGUUGCUAUCAAGCAGGUCAAACUUGCUGAUCUGCCAAAAGGCCAGUCUCGCGCCAUCAUGAUGGAGAUCGAUUUGCUCAAGAAUCUCAACCAUGCCAACAUUGUCAAGUACAAUGGCUUUGUCAAGUCUACUGAAUCACUCUACAUUAUUCUGGAAUAUUGCGAGAACGGUUCUUUACAUUCCAUUUGCAGAAACUUUGGCAAGUUUCCCGAGAAUCUGGUCGCUUUGUACAUGACUCAAGUCCUCCACGGCCUGUUAUACCUUCACGAGCAAGGUGUUAUCCACAGAGAUAUCAAGGGUGCGAAUAUUCUUACUACAAAGGAAGGUCUGGUCAAGCUGGCAGAUUUUGGUGUUGCAACGAGGAAAGAUACUGGUCUACAUGAAAGCAGUGUAGUUGGCACACCUUAUUGGAUGGCUCCCGAAGUCAUCGAAUUGUCUGGCGCUACUACCGCUUCCGACAUCUGGAGUCUUGGAUGUACUGUUAUUGAACUGCUCGAUGGAAGGCCACCAUACCACAAGCUGCAGCCCAUGCCAGCCCUAUUCCGUAUAGUCAACGAUGAUCAUCCGCCGCUGCCUGAAGGAGCCUCUCCGGCCGUUCGCGACUUCCUAAUGCAAUGCUUCCAGAAAGACCCCAACCUUAGAGUGACAGCCAAGAAACUGCUGAGACAUCCCUGGAUUCUUAGUGGAAGACGUUCUGAUCAGCCUGUUGCAAAACCCACGCAAUACGAUGAAGCAGUCAAGAGUGUUCAACAAUGGAACGAAGCACUCAAAUCGCCGCAGAACACGGCUUCAAGGCGUUCGUCAUCUAGACCACUCUCACUCAGCCCUGUUCCUCCACGACCCGACGUUGGCUCACAUAUGAGAACUCCUGGAAUUAACAAAGGUGGUCUAGCCCUGGCGACUCGAGCAAACGACACAAAAUCUUACCAGUCACCCGAAAGUGACGCCAAAGACAACUGGGACGAUGAUUUCGCAACCUCGAUCGGGAACGCCGCUUUGCAAUUGCCGCAUCUAAAACCUCACGACAACUUUGCUGGUAUGCUGUCUUCUGACAAGCUUAAGCAAUACGCCACCUUCGACAUCAAUGCUGAGGAGGAAGAGGGUGACAACUGGGACGACAACUUCGAAGGAGAUCUGACAGUGAGAAGUCCGAUGGAAGUCGUUCGAGGGGAUCCAAUGGAAACUGUGCGACCCUUCUUCCCGCCGAGGGCCAACACUUUUGACAUGAAAUACACUGCACCCACAAGGAAUCCUCAACAGUCGACGCUCCGUCAAGCACAAAGAGCCUUGGAAAAGGCUGACAAGGACAACCCUUCAAGGACGCAGAUCCUCCGACCGACGCAUAAGUCGACCAAAUCUGAGCCACAGCCCACAGAGGCUCCGGUGCGCCCUUCUCUGUUGUACAGAGAGAACUCGACAGAGGAUUACUCCGACUUGCUCGGUCCGGACAACGAUUCUGCUUUCCGCCAGAAGCUUGCAGCACUUACCGUGAGAAGCGAUGACUCCUUUGCGCCGAAGCUUUUCCACCCAUCGGAUCUGAAGAGUCUGCCCCGACCCAAUUCGCGCAUGAGCAGCAUGCGAAGACCCUCUCCACAGAUAUAUGAUGCCGCAGCAAUGCGAAGAACACGCUCCGAGGUGGAAAUCCAGAAGUACGCAGAGGACCCCGAGGACGAAGACUUCUCAGACAUAUUUGGCAAAGAAGAUGGUCAGCAAAUCCCACAACCCGAAAGUGAAAGUGGAUCUGAGAUUGGUACCCUCAUGCUCAACUCAAAACUCUCUACCAACUCAUGGCUAGGUGACGAGGAAGAUGAAGACGAUCCGUUCGCGCAGCUUGAAGAGGGCUUCGAUGAGAUGGAUUUGGAGACCAACAUCGCUCGAGAUAAGUUUGCUCGUUUGGUAACUCUUGUCGAGGGACUUGUUGGAUCUCUCAAAGUUUCGCAGCCUGAGGACUACUUGGAGGACAUCGUGGACCAACUGUUCCAAGUAUUGUGGGAGUCCCCCGAGGUCAAGACUGUAGUCAUGACUUCGCACGGCAUGCUCCCCAUCCUCGAGAUCUUGGAGACAUGCAACCGUCCGCAGACCAUCCUACGUCUGUUGCAAGUUGUCAAUCUGAUCAUCAUGGACAAUGUCGAGAUUCAAGAGAAUCUCUGCUUCGUUGGUGGCAUUCCUAUCAUCACACGAUUUGCGCAAAAGAGGUACAGUAGUGACAUCAGAUUGGAAGCUGCUGCUUUUGUCAGACAGAUGUACCAGACCAGCACGCUCACUCUCCAAAUGUUUGUCAGUUGUGGUGGUUUGAACGUGUUGGUUGAAUUCCUCGAGGAAGAUUACGAAGCGGAGAGAGACCUCGUUCUGAUCGGAGUGAAUGGUGUUUGGAGCGUGUUCGAGUUGCAGGGUCCGACGCCCAAGAAUGAUUUCUGUCGAAUCUUCUCACGAAGCGCAGUCUUGUACCCAUUGUCUCUGGUGCUUAACCGAGUAUUGGAAGAAGAAGGCGAACUUGCUGAGUUGGUUGAGGGACGCAUCGUCAACAUUUUCGUCCUAUUUUCGCAGGCUGAGAAUCAUGUCAAGGAAGCAGUUGCUGAUCGCAUGGUCCUGAAGCGUGUGCUGAAGGACCUGAAACGCAUGUCUCCUCAACACCAGAUCACUAUGCUCAAAUUCAUCAAGAACUUGUCUAUGCUGGCAACAACCCUCGACGCUUUGCAGAACUCGAAUGCCAUCGAGGUGUUGACUGAUCUUCUCAACGCCAGCAUGAAGGUGCCACACUUCCGCGAAAUCUCUAACCAGGUCUUGAACAUCAUGUACAACCUUUGCAGACUGAGCAAGACCAGGCAAGAAGACGCCGCGCUGAACGGUGUCAUUCCUCUGCUGCAGCGUAUCGUUAAGACCGAACGCCCACUCAAAGAGUUUGCACUGCCUAUCUUGUGUGAUAUGGCACACUCUGGCAAGGUUGGAAGAAAGAUCUUGUGGCAAAACAAGGGAUUACAAUUCUACGUGAGUCUGCUUGCAGACCAGUAUUGGCAAGUUACAGCUUUGGACGCCAUCUUCAUCUGGUUACAAGAGGAGACAGCAAAGGUCGAAGAACAUCUACUCAGAGAUGACAACUUCUCUCAAGCAAUCAUCAACUGCUUCAAUCACAGCAAAGCUGACAGCUUCGAAAACUUCCUCGAGCCUCUACAGAAGCUCUUGCGUCUCAGUCCUCCCAUCGCCAGCUCUCUCAUACAUCCGGACCUUUUCCUACGCACCGCCCAGAAGCUUCGCACUAAGAAGGCUCUGGUUCGCCUGAACUUGCUGAGGAUUAUUCGCAGUAUCUGUGAUUCAAGCGAUGAAGAUGGUGCGCUUAUUCAUACUUUCGGCCUUCACCCCAUGAUCGCCGAGACCGCUAAGUACGACCCGGCUAUCUUGGUGCGCGAAAUGGCAUCAGACCUGAUCAAAUCGUCGGAACUCCAUGUUUCUCGGGCUGUUCACAAUGCCCGUGUCGGUGAAGUUAACAGUCGACGCCCUCUUCGCCGCUCGAGCUCAUCCACCAUGGUCCCUACUGGCAACUCUCUUCCUCCCACGCCGACGACAGAUCGUAUGCCAGGACGCAUUGGCAGCUAUUUCGAUCCAUCCGGCGAUCUGCAACGUCCUUUCUCACGCGGUGCGACCGGUAUGGCAUCACCGUAUCGACCUAUUAGUCGCGAUGGCGGUUCAGGCGGAUCAUCAGCAGGCUGGAGUGCAUCUGGCUUCCUGGCUUCCCCAAGUGCUAUUCCUCCGGUCCCUGGGCUAGUCUCACUCGACCGUGCUGGUAACAGCAACAUCAACAACCUCGUCUCCAAGUCUCGUUUGCCUCGCACGAACCACUCUCGUGGUACCUCUGGCGCGCGCCUCAGUCUCGUUACUGCCGAAGGCCGAACCUCGCGUCCUGGUUCCCGUAGCGGUUUGGGUAACGAUAGGAGUGAGAACCUGACGCCCAAGAGUGCUGUUGCGCCUCACAGCCAUGCAAGAACGCCAAGUCGUCUUGGUCAUCAACACCAGAUGUCUGCGCCGUCAGCAAGCAUAGGCAAUUUGAGACCUUCUCGAGGCCGACGCAUGACCAGCUCUGGCAGCAGUGGCGGUGUCGGAGGGAACUAGAAGUUUCCCGUCAUGGUUUUCGACCGCGAUCCAUUCGUCGAGGAAGAUGAGGAAGGUGAGGACUUCAACGAGCCGCAACAGAGACGCUCCAGGGGUCCCACUGUCUGAACUCUUCCUGUGACAUCCCACCCCUUUUCGUUU